AUGAGUUUCCAUGGCCGAGGAGCCUCACCCAAGCCUAAGAUCACCAUGCACAAUACCAAGCGUCGUCUGGAGUGGUGUGGGGGUCAUGAUGCCUACUACAACAACACCAUCUUGCCCACCAUAUUUGGCAUCAUCUGUUUCCUGGGCAUUAUGGGUAACUGCAUGGUCAUCUACACCAUCCUGAAGAAGACCAAGUGCCGCGCCAAGCAGACCGUCCCCGACAUCUUCAUCUUAAAUCUGUCCAUCGCCGACCUCCUCUUCCUCGUCGGUAUGCCCUUCCUCAUCCACCAGUUGAUGGGCAACGGCUCGUGGUGCUUCGGCGCCACUAUGUGCACAGUCAUCACCGCGCUGGACUCCAACAGCCAGAUCGUGAGCACCUACAUCCUCACGGUCAUGAUUCUGGACCGCUACCUGGCCACCGUCCACCCCAUCCGCUUCAACUACGUUCGGACACCGUGCGUGGCAACCGUGGUUAUCGUUCUAGUAUGGACGCUGUCGUUGCUGACCAUCAUCCCGGUGUGGAUGUACACAGGCCUCAUGCCUCUGCCUGGCGACCUGGUGGGCUGUGCCCUGCUACUUCCCGAUCCGUCUACCAACAUCUACUGGUUUACACUCUACCAGUUUGUCCUGGCUUUCGCUCUGCCUCUCCUCAUCAUCUGUGUGGUCUUUUUCAAGAUCCUCAAGCACAUGACCACCAGCGUGGCCCCCUUGCCCCCCAGGAGCCUGAGGGUGCGCACCAAGAAAGUAACCCGUACGGCAGUGGCCAUCUGCCUGGCUUUCUUCAUCUGCUGGGCCCCUUACUACAUCCUCCAGCUGGUUCACGUUGGAGUCCAGAACCCCAACCCAGCCUUCUCCUACGCCUACAACAUAGCAAUUAGCAUGGGCUACAUUAACAGCUGCAUCAACCCGUUCCUCUACAUUGUGUUGAAUGACACCUUCAAGAGGCAGCUCAUCGUGGCCAUGCGGCCGGUCCACAGGAAGUUCCGGGUCAACCCCACCGGCACCACGGAGGGUAGUGUUAGUCUGAGAUUGACCACUGACAGACCCCAGCAGGAUCAGAGCUCCAGGGAGCUGCUGCCUGCCAAUAUGGCCGACCACUGA